AUGUCGAGCGGCGGGUGGGGCCAGCCACCGCCCGGAGGCGGCACCUACGGCGCCCCCUCCCAAGGCCAGCAGUACCCAGGAAGCACCCCAUACCCGGGCGCCUCUCCAUACCCGCCUUCGGGCUCAGCGUACCCGAGCGCGCCGCCGUACCCUGGAGCUAGCGACCCGUAUCCCUCCGCGCCCUCGAACCCCUUCCCCUCGCCGUACCCAGGCGCUCCCGCGACCGGCGCCAGCGCACCUACAUACGGCUACAACGCCCCAGGCGGCUUCUCUUCUGCCCCGCCGCCCCAGCCCAGCUAUCCUCAGCUGAACCAGGCACCACCCGCGAUGCCGCACGCCCACCACGCGCCACCACAGAGCGCCCCUCACCACAGCCACUACCAGCACCCAACCCCCCCGCACGCCCACGGUGGGGGAGCGGGCCGCCCUCCGCGGCGGCGCGCGGUCCUCAUCGGCUGCAACUACAACGGCACGCGGCACCAGCUCGGCGGAUGCGUCAACGACGCCAAGUUCCUGCACUUUUUACUGGUCAGCAAGUUCGGGUUCCCCGAGAGCGACAUGGUGCUGCUCCAGGACGGGGCGCAGGACCCGCGCCUGGUGCCCACGCGCGGCAACAUCAUGACGGCCAUCGGGUGGCUCAUGCAGGACGUCCAGCCGGGGGACAGCCUGUUCUUUUCCUUCUCGGGGCACGGCACGCAGGUCCGCGACCGGAACGGCGACGAGACGGACGGCUACGACGAGGCGCUGCUCCCCCUCGACCAUGACCGCGCGGGGGUCAUCGUGGACGACGAGCUCCACCGGCUGCUCGUGCGCCCGCUGCCGUACGGCGCGAAGCUCCACGCGGUGGUCGACGCGUGCCACAGCGGCUCCGCGAUGGACCUGCCGUACAUCGCCCGCAAGGAGCGCGGGCAGGUGCACUGGGUGCGAGAGGGGCGCCGCGGGAUGCCGCAGCACCAGGGCGGGCUCGUGGUGCAGUUCGGCGCGUGCCAGGACCACCAGACGGCCGCGGACACCCGGCGCCUGGCCCGCGGGGUCGCGACUGGGGCGGCGACGUACUGCCUGGUGCAGGCGAUCGAGGCUGGGGGCGUGCAGCAGAGCUACGGGCAGCUGCUCGUGGCGAUGUCGCGGGCGCUGAAGCAGGCGACGGGGUCGGGCGGGGCGGACAGGAUCGGGGGGGGACUCUUGGGCGCUGUUGUGGGUGCGGCGCUGGGGGGGCCGAUGACGCUGAGUCAGGCGCAGAAGUGCCAGCUGUCGAGCUCGCACCACCUCGACCUCAACAUGCCGCUGAAUAUUUAA